CGCGGAGGCGGCGGCGGCGGCGGCGGCGGGCGCACAGGCCGGAGGGAGAGGACGCGAGGCGCAACCCGAGCGCGGGGAGAAAGCGAGGCGAGCGGUCAUGUGUCCGUGCCCCCUGCACCGUGGCCGCGGCCCCCCGGCCGUGUGCGCCUGCAGCGCAGGUCGCCUGGGUCUGCGCUCGUCCGCCGCGCAGCUCACCGCUGCUCGGCUCAAGGCGCUUGGAGACGAGCUGCACCAGCGCACCAUGUGGCGGCGUCGCGCGAGGAGCCGGAGGGCGCCGGCGCCCGGCGCGCUCCCCACCUACUGGCCCUGGCUGUGCGCGGCGGCGCAGGUGGCGGCGCUGGCGGCCUGGCUGCUCCGCAGGCGGAACUUGUAGGAACGCAGGGCAUCUUGGUGGGGCCGGAGCCGAGACCCAGCCGGAGCGAGCAACAGGUUGGUAAAAACCCUGUGUCCUUGGAGAAAGCUGGUUCCCGUUUUCCUGAGGGGGAGCUCAGAGCUUGAGAGGCGGUGGUUGGCACUUCGAGAAGGAAGUGAAGAAUAAAGACAGCGCCUGGAGCAAUAGUAGAAAUGUGGAACAGGACUGGGGAAGCCCUUUGGCUAUACAGCUGCAGAAACAGACACCCUGAUGCUAUUUACAUACAGCUCUAU